AAAAGACAGACAUUUGAAAAAAAGAGAAAGUGUAGAAGUGUAGAAAGUGCAAACAAACCGAAAUCUAUGAAGUGGCCGUUCUAUUCUCUUGCUACGUCUGUGACGUAUCUCGGAGCGGUUGAAGGUUAUGUCAUUUGCAUAACAUGGCGUCGAGCGAGAGUGGUGAUUUUCAAAAAGUAUUGGAGUAUCGGAUUUACAAGUGCUCCAGUUAUUCUUCCUGUUAUAUACCCGAAAAUAUCAUCGUCGAUAUACCAUCGGAUCAGACUUCACGUUGGUCCUCCGAUAUCGACAAUCAUCCGCAGUACCUUAUUCUUAAGCUUCAAAGUCCUUCCAUUGUCAAAUACAUCACCUUUGGUAAAUAUGAAAAGACGCACGUGUGUAAUAUAAAAAAGUUUAAGAUAUUUGGUGGAUUGGAACCAGAAAACAUGAUGGAACUUCUCGAAAGCGGACUGAGGAACGACUCGAUACCAGAAACAUUUGAUCUAAAGCAUGUUUUGGGAAAUGAAGGAAAUUGCUUUCCCAUUCGAUACAUAAAAGUGCUUCCGCUGCAGUCUUGGGGUCCUAGUUUCAACUUUUCCAUAUGGCAUAUUAGACUAACCGGUAUCAGUGAAUUCAAGAUUGUAAGGCCUUGUCUCGAGUGGUUCAACAUGUAUCGGCAAAAGGAGAUAAUAAGACUGUGUAUGAAACACUUCCGACAAAUGGAACAACCCGAAAUUGUCGAGACCCUGCAGAGGAUCACCGGCGUCCCGUUGGAGGAUCCGCGAUUGUCGACGCUAUACAAUUUACUGGUCACCAAGGGCGACCAUGGACAGGCGGAACGUUUCAUCAGCAAUGCGCUCUCGACGGGGCUCUUAAGCGAUUAUAUCAAUGCUCAAACUUAUAGAGCAAUUUGGACAAAGUUAUCGUCUAGCGAACCCAAACCCGGGAUGCGGGGCGGCCAUCAAAUGGUGCUUGAUCCUACGGCCGAGGUACUUUAUCUUUUCGGCGGGUGGGACGGUAACCAGGAUCUUUCCGACCUAUGGUCUUACGAUAUAGAAGCCAGCAAGUGGACGUUGAUAUGCAAGGACACCGAGGCGGUGGGUGGCCCGAGCGCGCGUUCGUGUCACAAGAUGUGCCUAGAUCCACAAAGACGACAGCUAUUCACGUUAGGCAGGUAUCUGGACACACAAUAUCGCACAUGUGAGAAUUUGAAGAGUGACUUUUACGUUUACGACAUUGAGUCGAACAAAUGGACGCAGAUCUCGGAGGAUACAGGAACUAUGGGCGGGCCGCCGCUUGUAUUCGAUCAUCAAAUGUCGAUGGAUGUGGAGAAACGCACCAUCUACGUAUUCGGCGGACGAGUACUGGCUCAUCCGACGAAUGCUGACGAACACGGUCUAAUACCGGAGCCGCAUUUCUCGGGACUGUAUUCCUAUCAUGUGCCGACCGGGACUUGGACCAGACUCGCCUGUGAUAUCGCCGAUAAAUCGUGCUCGAAAGAUAUGCCAAUCUACAGAUCCCGCGCCGGUCACUCCAUGCUGUUUCAUCCGCGAUCGAGAAAGUUGUACAUAUUCGCUGGUCAGAGAGGCAAGGAAUAUCUGAGUGACUUCUUCACUUACGAAGUCGAUACGCAGCAUAUCGAGUACAUAAACUAUAACGAGUUCGGCACGACGAAAGAAUCCGGUCACGUUCCCGCGGCCGGAUUCACACAGAGAGCGACUAUGGAUCCUGAACUCGGCGAGAUUUACGUUUUAUCGAAACGACACAAUAUUUCUCAGGGUCUGAGCAAGGAUAAGGAUAAGAGGGACGACAACGUGCAAAAUUCUUUCUGGGUGUACAAUAUCCAGAGUAGCAAAUGGUCGUGCAUAUAUCGCAACGAGAACGUCGGCGAAAAGUAUUGGAGCAAAAUGCAGGAUUACGAGCCGUGUCCGAGAUUUGCGCAUCAGCUCGUUUAUGAUCCCACAAGAAAGGUUCAUUUUUUAUUCGGCGGCAAUCCGGGCAGGUCUUGUUUACCAAAUCUGCGUCUCGAUGACUUUUGGCAAUUGGAAUUGCGCCGACCUACGGCCGAACAAAUCUUGAAGAAAUGCAAAUUAAUCAUUAGGACGCAUAAGUUCAAGGAACUCGCCUUGAGCAACAGUAUAGAGGCUCUUGAAUACCUGCAGACGAAAAUCUUCGAGAUUAUCGAUCAUAAUGACACGCAGCAAACGAGAGAGUUUCAAUUGUUGACGUCGAUUUUAUUCCGGAUACAAAAUAGUUUGUCAGAAGACGCUUCCCAAUCGAACACAAUUCUGAACGAAGUAGCGGCCGGCACGGCGACGGCGCAGCAAGGCACGAACGUAGAGCGCGAUGUACAUAAUUUGCGAACCGAGCUCUACGACAAGCUCGUGGAAUUCUUUCCGGAAUCGUUGACACAACCGCGAGCGAAUCUGAUCGAUCUCUUGCCGUUAUAAUGGACGCAGCGACGUGGGUCGUAAGACUCUAAUGACGAAAUGUUCUCUGGUGCAUGUUACAUUAUUUUUUUCUUUUUUCGUUCUUGCUGUUUGAGACGAGAAGUUUUUUCGUCACAACUCUGCAGAUCGAUGACGAGCUUUGCCAUACUUUUACUGGUGCGAUUUGCUCUUCUACCUUGGAUAAAUUAUUUUUAAUUGCGGGAAAAAACUGUUACAGCACGUUGGGAAAGCUCCCUUGGGCAAUUUUAUUUAAUUUUUUUUAUUUUUUGUCCUUAUGAGGGCCCCUAAAUUAUUAGAAUUGUUGGAGAGUUCCUUUUUCAUAAAUCCACAAAGGACUUUUACGAAACAAAUCAUCCUUUUUGCUUGUCUAUACUUAUUGAUGGUUAUGUAUUAUUUGUUAGAUCAAUCCCUUGAAACUUUGUGAUAUCGAUAGCUUUCUAAUCGACUGGUUAACUAAUACAUAAGUAAGCUAAAGAUUGAUUUUAUAGGUUACUUCUUUCAUAUUCUGUAACUAUGUGUUUAUAGCGCGGCCAUAAAAUUGUUAUUAUGUUUGCUGAAAUAAUAUAUUUAUCGAACGAAAGGCUAGAGACGAUAGAUGCACUAAGAAAGUUUCUUACCGACAUGUGGCGAUUUAAUAUUUGCGAGAUGUUUCACUCAAUACCGAUAUACAUUCGAUUACUUUUGACGCGAGAAAGGUCGAGAAACUAUUCACUUCGCUAAAUUCAAUCAUAAUUUUAAAUUUAGCGAAACGAAUAAUAUAUUUCUUGAUUAAAAAAGAAGAAUAUAGUGACAAAGACAUAAAAAAUAUUAUGAUCGAUCCACAUAAAACACUUCCUUAUUCAGUUAAUUAUAAUUUUAAUUUCUAAUUAAUUUAAUAAAUUAUACUUUAUUUAACUAAUUAUAAUUUUAAAUUAUAAUUAAUUUUUUUGUGUGUGAAUAACGCGACAUUCCGUGCACUGAUUUUUGUGCCCGUAAUAUCUGUUUAUUCCACAACUGAAUAAUCAUUUCUCUACAUGUUUUUCACGCCAACAAAAGCAACAGAGAUAUUUCGGGCAAUCGAGUUGGAUGAAACAUCCUGCUCAUAUAUCGACACUUUCCCUCUCUUGUAAAAUAUCUCUUCUUAGAUAUAUUAGUUCUAUACUUUUGUUAUAUUUUUCUUCCGCGUUCAAUUA